AUGGCUCAGGACAGCAGGCUUAGGGAGUUGCUGUGGAACACGCUGAUGAAGCUGGGGGAGGAGGACUUCGCGUCCUUCAGGUUCCACACGGACCUGCCUGAAAGCGAGCGUGAGAACACCAGCCGUGAGUACAUUGCUGGAAAGCUCUUGAGUAAGCACGGUGAGAACACUCUGCAUGUGACCGUCAAGAUUCUGGAGAAGAUCGGGAACAACGAUUUGGCCCAGAACCUGGGCAGCGACAUACUGAAAAUAGAAGGCGUUGUCUUCUCCGUCCAUAAUGAUGAUCAGAUUGCCAGCUUGAAGGCGGACCUGCAGCACAACCUGCGGAGUUUAUACAGCUUUGUUCCCGAGGGCAACACCGAGCGCAGGCAGCAGCAGCCUCUGGCGAACAUCUACACUGAGCUGGACAUCACCUACGGGGCCGAUGUCAGGCCCGACGAGCGACACGAGGUGCUUCAGAUGGAGACGUGUGCCGCCCCAGCCAAGAACUCCAUCCUGCCGUGCGACAUCUUCAAAAGCCAUGACGGGCAGCCGCGACCGAUACGCACGCUGCUCACCGUCGGCUUCGCGGGAAUCGGGAAAACCUUCCUGGUUCAAAAGUUUGUGUGCAACUGGGCCAGCGACAAUGCCAACCAGGACGUGCACUUCAUAUUUCCCUUCACAUUCCGUGAGUUGAACACGGACAAAGGGAAAAGUUUUACGCUUGCUGAGCUUAUCCACCACCUGCAGAAGUCUGGGAAACAGGACUAUGAAAGCAGCAGGAUCAAGAUCUUGUUUGUCUUGGAUGGACUGGACGAGUGCAACUUUAAAAUGGACUUGAAGAAUGAGAUGAAAGUAGACAUGGAUGUGAAAAAACCCUACCCGCUGGAGGUACUCCUGGCGCACCUCAUCAAGGGGAACCUGCUUCCUUGCUCCCGGGUUUGGAUCACCACGCGGCCCGCGACGGCCCGCGAUAUCCCCUCCGACCUCAUUGACAGCAGAACGGAGGUGAGAGGAUUCAGCGAUAUCAAGAGGCUGGAGUACUUUAGGAAAAAGUUCCCAAAUGAGGAGCGUGUCAUUGAGCACAUCCGAAAAACUCGCACCAUCUUCAUCAUGUGCCACCUGCCCAUUUUCUGCUGGCUCACCGCCACAGUUCUUCAGGAUCAUUUGGACAAAAGGAAGGAGGGAGAGCUUCCCACAACGCUUACAGACAUGUGCUCAGCGUAUGCUUUUAACCAGCUGGACAAGUCCAAGGGGAGACAGACGACCGAGUACCCCGAUUACGUGAAAGCGCUAGCAAAGCUGGCUUUUCACCACACAAUGAGUAAGCAACAGAUCUUCUAUGAGAAAGACCUGGCGGACUGCGGUUUUGAUUACAGCCAAGUGGCAAAACACUCUGGAAUAUUUACUGAGGUGUUUAAGGAGAUAUGUCCGCUCAGAAGAAACCAACAUGGCAAAAUGUUUCAGUUCGUCCAUCUGACCAUCCAGGAGUACAUGGCCGCAUUACAUGUGAUGAUUUGCCUUUUCCACGACAACAACAACGUACUGGAUGAUUCAGGAUGGUUACUAAGAUUAGUUUCUAGGUUUUGGAAACAAAAGACAAUCCCUGAAGUCCAUGAGUCAGCUCUCCAGAAAGCCUCGAAAAGUGAAGGAAACUUGGACAUGUUCAUCCGCUUCCUCUUUGGCCUUUCCUUGCCAUGCAACCAGGAACUAGUGGGGGAACUGCUGAAGGCUCCUCAGGACUGGAGGCAAAACAAGUCAAAGAGUGUCAAGUUGAUCAAGGAAAGGAUAAAACAAAACACUCCUGAGAAGAACAUCAACUUGUUCUACUGCUUAAACGAGCUGAAGGACGACUCUUUGCUGAAGCAGUUUCAGAUAAAGAAAAAGAGUUCAUACAUGACUGGCUGGCGCAAAAUGUCAAAUGACAUGUGGUCAGCCUUGGCCUUCUUUUUACUGACAGACGACGAAACCAUGAAGUCCUUUGACCUGGGGGAUUAUUCCAGUUCGCCUUUGGGGCUUGAGAAGCUGUUGGUGGUGGUCAAGGCUUCUCAAAGAUCAAUUCUAAGAGAGUGUGGCCUGGACAAAGGCAGCUGUCACCUGCUGGCUUCCGUUCUCAGCUCUCCAUCCAACCUGAAGCAUCUGAAUCUGUCCGAGAACAAUCUGUCAGAUAAAGGGGUGGAGAUCCUCUCGAAAGGACUGGCCAGCCCAAACUGCAUCUUAGAGUCCCUCGAUCUAAGAGAGUGUGGCCUGGGCAAAGGCAGCUGUCACCUGCUGGCUUCCGUUCUCAGCUCUCCAUCCAACAUGAAGCAUCUGGACCUGUCCGAGAACCAUCUGUCAGACGAAGGGGUGGAGAUCCUCUCGAAAGGACUGGCCAGCCCAAACUGCACCUUAGAAGAGCUCCGCCUAGUCAAAUGUGGCCUGGGCAAAAGCAGCUAUCACCUGCUGACUUCCGUUCCCAGCUCUCCAUCCAACUUGAGUCUGAACCUGAGCCUGAACGAUCUGUCAGACGAAGGGGGGGAGAUCCUCUCGAAAGGACUGGCCAGCCCAAACUGCAUCUUAGAGUCCCUCAAUCUAAGUGAUUGUGGCCUGGACAAAGGCAGCUGUCAUCUGCUGGCUUCCGUUCUCAGCUCUCCAUCCAACCUGAAGCAUCUGAACCUGAGCUGGAACCAUCUGUCGUACGAAGGUGUGGACAUCCUCUCGAAAGGACUGGCCAGCCCAAACUGCAAGUUAGAUUGCCUCGAUCUAAGUGGUUGUCACCUGGACAAAGGCAGCUGUCACCUGCUGGCUUCCGUUCUCAGCUCUCCAUCCAACAUGAAGCAUCUGUGCCUGUUCAACAAUGAUCUGUCGGACGAAGGGGUGGAGAUCCUCUCGAAAGGACUGGCCAGCCCAAACUGCAUCUUAGAGUCCCUCAAUCUAAGUGAUUGUGGCCUGGACAAAGGCAGCUGUCACCUGCUGGCUUCCGUUCUCAGCUCUCCAUCCAACCUGAAGCAUCUGAACCUGAGCUGGAACCAUCUGUCGUACGAAGGUGUGGACAUCCUCUCGAAAGGACUGGCCAGCCCAAACUGCAAGUUAGAGUCCCUCGAUCUAAGUGUUUGUCACCUGGACAAAGGCAGCUGUCACGUGCUGGCUUCCGUUCUCAGCUCUCCAUCCAACAUGAAGCAUCUGUACCUGUUCAACAAUGAUCUGUCGGACGAAGGGGUGGAGAUGCUCUCGAAAGGACUGGCCAGCCCAAACUGCACCUUAGAAGAGCUCCGGCUGAUACGUUGCAAGAUCACGGAUAAAGGAUGCGUUUUUUUGGCCCAGGCGCUCAAGUCAAACCCCUCCCAUCUUCAAAAGCUGGACCUGACUUCUAAUAGAAUAGGAAAAGAAGGAAAGAGGGUCUUAUUGGACAUCCAAGAGGAUCCCAGCUAUUGCCUGCAGAACGUCUGGUUGAUCCCUCAGAAGUCGGACUUUGAGUCAAGAACAUUUAGUUCGGCGCUACCUACUGUCCAACGACCUCAAGAGCACCGGGUGUCGGCGCUAACGGCAAAAGCGGCCAUGCUCACCGAAUUUGAGGAGGUUCCCCCGCCGGCGUCGGGUGUUUUUCUGCAACGCUGCUACUGGCAGGUGAAGUUUAAGGGGAAGCUCUACCAUGCUGCCACCAAACUGCUGGCAGUUAUUUUCUGCCAUGAAUUGAAAUAUGUUUGUCACGAGUAG